AUGUCUGAUUUAAUUCGCGAGGCGCCCAUUGGGCAGCUCCUUCGCUUCCUCACCAAGAACAAGGUCCUUAAAUACCCGGAAGAAAUUCCUGGCUUCCAACUCCCAGAAUCCUACAGAACCAUACUCAACGCAGCCGAUUCAAAGAAUAUUGCCUCAUCACGGUCGGAUUCAGAGCAAGGCGAAAAGAGUGCCAAAGGAGUGGAAGACUUCCCAGAGCUCCAACAUCGUGUCACAACCCGCAGCAUCAGGUCCGCUGAUAUCGAGGCACCGACUGCAUUAACGCACAUCAGGACCAGAGAAAGUACGAAACCUUACACCGAAGAACGUCUAGAGAUUGAAGCAGAGCUGCAAGUUGAGCGCACAAAGUCACUGGCCAUAGCCCCUCAAAAAACAUCCGACGGCAAUAUCCUAGUCGACUGGUACACGACAGACGAUGCAGCAAACCCCCAGAAUUGGUCCAAUGGCAAGCGCGGCUUUGUCGCCAUGCUCAUCUGCGCCUACACAUUCGCCGUUUACACCGGCUCCGCCAUCUACACCUCCGGCGAAGCCGGUGUCAUUAAAGAAUUCGGCGUCUCUCCAACCGACGCUUCACUUCCUCUCUCCCUCUACGUCCUCGCUUACGGCCUAGGACCACUGAUUUUUGCGCCCCUCAGUGAAAUCCCAGUCGUCGGUCGAAGUCCAGUCUACGCCGUCACAAUGUUCAUCUUUGUCAUCCUCUCCAUCCCAACGGCUUUAGUCCAAAACUUCGCUGGCCUCCUCGUACUCCGUUUCCUUCAAGGGUUCUUCGGUAGCCCUUGCCUCGCCAACGGCGGCGCCACGAUGCAAGACAUGUAUUCCCUCGUCAAGCUCCCCUAUGCCCUCACCCUCUGGGUCUCCGCUGCCUACUGCGGUCCCUCUCUCGGACCCCUCUUGUCCGGCUUUGCAGUCAUGGCAAAAGGCUGGCGCUGGUCGCUCUGGGAAAUCCUCUGGGUCGCCGGCCCCGUCUUUGUCCUCAUGUUCCUUCUGGUCCCCGAGACCUCCACCCCGAAUAUCCUCCUCCGCCGCGCGAAACGCCUCCGCGCACUAACGGGCGACAGCCGACUGCGCUCGCAAUCAGAAAUCGACCAAAGGAACAUCAAGCCGUCGAAAGUGAUCAUAUCCGCUUUGAUCAAGCCCUUGGAAAUCACCAUCAAAGACCCGGCCAUGGCCUUCGUCAACCUCUACACAGCCCUCGUGUACGGAAUCUACUACUCCUUCUUCGAGGUCUUCCCGCUCGUCUACCCGCCCUUCUACCACUUCACCCUCGGCACCGUCGGCGUCCUCUUCUCCUGCAUCCUCGUCGCCUGCGCGCUCGGCGCCCUCGCCUACAUCGCCUACCUGUACUUCUACCUCGUGCCCGACAUCCUCGCGCACGGGCUCCGCGCGCAGGAGCACCGCCUCGUGCCCGCCCUCGCCGCCUCCUUCCUCCCGCCCGCGGGCCUCUUCAUCUUCGCCUGGACCGCGCGGCCCGACCUGCCCUGGAUCGCCAGCGUCAUCGGCAUCGUCGUCUACGGCGGCUCCAGCUUCAUCAUCUUCCAGUGCGUCUUCGUCUACGUGCCGCUGUCGUACCCGCAGUACGCCGCCUCCCUCUUCGCCGCCAACGACCUCUUCCGCUCCGCCCUGGCGUGCGGCAGCAUCCUGUUCGCGCGCCCGCUCUUCGUCAACCUCGGCGUCGACAGGGGCGUCUCGCUGCUGGCGGGGCUGAGCAUCAUGGGCAUCUUCGGCAUGUUCACCCUCUACUACAAAGGCGCCAGUCUGAGGGCGAGGAGUAAGUUCGCCAUGUCUUGA